AUGACAGUGGGCAUAUGGUUGACGGCGGUGAUAGGAGUGGUGCCACUAGUAGGGUGUUUAUUGUGGUGGUGGAACGACAUAUGGUAUGGACUAGUUAUGACAACCCUCCGGCCAUCCAAAGGAAGCAACAAGCUGCCUCCAGGACACAUGGGUCUUCCGUUCUUAGGUGAAACGCUCACAUUUUUAUGGUACUUCAGAUUCCUACGUCGCCCCGAUGACUACAUCAAUUCAAAGCGUCAAAAGUAUGGCGAUGGGAUAGGGAUGUACAAGACAUACCUAUUUGGUAGACCAUCAGUGAUUACAUUUUUACCAGAGACCAAUAAAUAUGUACUUCGAACUACCGAAAGCUUCAUCUUGAAAUGGGCAAAUCCCGAUCUUGUAGGAAAGAUGUCACUGGUUGCUGUUCAUGGAAAAGCACAUCUUAGGAUUAGAAGUUUUGUUAUUCGUAGCAUUAACCAACCAGAUGCUCUUCGUCGAAUCGCCAUUGCUGUGCAACCACGCAUGAUCUCAGCCCUCCAAUCGUGGGUCAAACGUGAUAAAAUUACCUCCUAUGAUGAAAUAAAGAAGGUUAGUUUUGAGAAUAUUUGCAAGUAUUUUGCUAGUUUCGAGCAUGGCCCUACGCUCCACCAGCUUAAAGAACACCUUUCCGGGAUGCUUACUGGAUUCAGAGCUUACCCGUUGAAUAUACCAGGAUUCACAUUUUAUCGUGCGCUUCAGUGUCGUAGAAAAGCCCAAGCGAUUUUCAGGGAAGAGCUGGAUAAAAGGAGAAGGAAGAACGAUGGAAGUAAUGAUGCUAUGAAUGAUCUACUGGAUGGUUUAAUGAAUUUAAAGGAUGAAGAAGGGAAUAAUUUGAGUGACACUGAGGUUCUUGAUAAUAUUACUGGCAUUCUUCUUGCUGGCUAUGAAUCAACUGUCAUCGUCACAAUGUGGGCUAUUUAUUAUCUUGCAAAAUGGCCAGAGGUUUUAGAAAGGCUUCGGGACGAAAACAUGGUUCUCAAAAAGUGUAAGAAUGAACAGCUUGUAACCAGCGAUGAGAUUUUGAAGUUAGAAUACACCAUGAAGGUUGUUGAUGAAAGCAUCAGAUUGGCUAAUGUCUCUACUUUUAUAUUUCGUACAACAACAGAAGAUAUAGAAUAUAAAGGAUACACCAUACCAAAAGGAUGGAAUAUGGUUGUAUGGCUUAGGAAUGUCCACGUAGACCCUAAGAACUACAACGAUCCAUUGUGUUUCAACCCUGAUAGAUGGGAUGGAUCAAUUCUGCCAGAAAACUUCCAAGCCUUUGGCGGCGGCCCAAGAAUCUGUGCAGGAAAUAUGCUUGCUCGUUUACAAGUUGGCUUGUUUCUUCAUCAUAUGUCCACCGGAUACAAAUGGGAACUAGUGAAUCCAGAAGCGAAAGUUAACUAUCUCCCAAUUCCAAAACCAGAAGAUGGUCUUGAAAUUACCAUUGCAAAACUAUAA